AUGACAAGGGCUAAUUGCAAGUAUUCACUAGUUAAGGAGAUAGGGAGUGGCACAUUUGGUCGUGUAUGGAUGGCAAAAGAUCUGAUUUCAGGUGAACUAGUUGCAAUUAAAAGACGUCCUAAAUGGCAAAGUGCAAUUAGUCGUGAAGUUGAAGCUAUGGAGAGUAUUAAAGGCGAAGAAGGUAUUGUUAGUAUAACUCAUUGUUUCUAUAGUAUGACUAAAGGAGGAAUAAUUAUGCAGAAUAUUGUUAUGCCACUAAUGAAUAAGAGUUUAGGAACUUUCAUCCGUGAUCAGCGUAGUAUAAGGAGACGAUAUCCAACACACAGGUUACCUCCAAAAUUGGUUAAAAGUAUUGCAUUCCAAAUUGCAAAAGGAUUACAUAAAUUGCAUAUUGCUGGUUAUACUCAUCGAGAUUUUAAGCCAGACAAUAUUUUGUUAUCUUAUUCUAGUGAAGAAGAUGAUCCAACCAAAAGUGGGUCUGAUGUUAUUGUCAAAAUUUGUGAUCUUGGCUCAUCAAAGAAGCUAGUAUCUAAUAAUAUACAUAUGCCAUAUGUAGUCAGCAGAUUUUAUAGAGCACCUGAAUUACUUUUUGGGAGCUGCAUUUAUAAUGAAAAAAUAGAUAUAUGGGAAAAUAUUUUAUUUGAUUGUAUAUACGUAGCUAUUGGGUGUAUAUUUGCAGAAUUACUCAGUUUAGAUCCAAUUUUUGUAGGCCGUUGUCCAGAAAAAUCUCAAAUAAGAGCAAACUCAGGUCGUCAAGGACUCGAUGAACCAUAUCAGAUAAUGAAAAUUAUUGAGAUAUUGGGUGCACCUACAAUAGAAGAUUUUGAAUCUAUUAAUAAAAUGAUUCCAAAAGUCAUAAAAUCACAACAUUCUGAUUUAUCUUUUUUACGGAAAAUUCAAGUAUCUCCAUUAUCAUGGAGUAAUAUACUCGAUGGCUUUUAUUGUGAAGAGUAG